GGAGGAAAAUGAGGCUGAAGAUCGGCUUCAUCCUGCGCAGUCUGCUGCUGCUGGGGAGCUUCCUGGGGCUGGUGGUGCUCUGGUCGUCCCUAUCCCCGCGGCCGGACGAGCCGAGCCCGCUGAGCAGGAUGCGGGAAAACAGAGAUGGCAGUGACCUCAUGGCUAACCGAGGAGGUGAUGGACUAGCUCCCAGGGAAGACAGAUUCAAACCUGUGAUACCAUGGCCUCACGUGGAGGGCGUAGAAGUGGACUUAGAGUCUAUUAGAAGGAAAAACAAGGCCAGAAAUGACCAGGAACGCCGUGCAGGAGGGGACCCCCAGAAGGAUGCCAUGCAGAGGCGCUACCUCACCUUCAAGCCUCAGACCUUCACCUACCGAGACCCCGUGCUGCACCCCGGGGUCCUCGGGAACUUUGAACCCAAAGAACCUGAGCCACACGGAGUGGUUGGUGGCCCUGGAGAGAAAGCCAAGCCGGUGGUUUUGGGACCAGAACUUAAACAGGCAGCUCAAGCCAGCAUUAAAGAGUUUGGAUUUAACAUGGUGGCAAGUGACAUGAUUUCGCUGGACCGCAGCAUCAAUGACUUACGUCAGGAAGAAUGCAAGUAUUGGCAUUAUGAUGAGAACCUGCUCACUGCAAGUGUCAUUGUGGUCUUCCAUAAUGAAGGAUGGUCAACCCUCAUGAGGACAGUCCACAGUGUAAUUAAAAGGACUCCCAGGAAAUAUUUAGCAGAAAUUGUGUUAAUUGAUGAUUUCAGUAAUAAAGAACACUUAAAAGAGAAACUGGAUGAAUAUAUUAAGCUGUGGAAUGGUCUAGUAAAGGUAUUUCGAAAUGAGAGAAGAGAAGGUUUAAUUCAAGCUCGGAGUAUUGGUGCUCAGAAGGCUAAACUGGGACAGGUUUUGAUAUACCUUGAUGCCCACUGUGAGGUGGCAGUUAACUGGUAUGCACCACUUGUAGCUCCCAUAUCUAAGGACAGAACCAUUUGCACUGUGCCCCUCAUAGAUGUCAUAAACGGCAACACUUAUGAGAUUGUGCCCCAAGGGGGUGGUGACGAAGAUGGGUAUGCUCGCGGGGCGUGGGACUGGAGCAUGCUGUGGAAACGGGUGCCUCUGACCCUCCGAGAGAAGAGCCUGAGAAAGACAAAAACUGAACCGUAUCGGUCCCCAGCCAUGGCAGGGGGGUUAUUUGCUAUUGAACGAGAGUUCUUCUUUGAACUGGGUCUCUAUGACCCAGGUCUCCAGAUCUGGGGUGGUGAGAACUUCGAGAUCUCAUACAAGAUCUGGCAGUGUGGUGGCAAGUUAUUGUUUGUGCCUUGUUCUCGUGUGGGACACAUCUAUCGUCUUGAGGGCUGGCAAGGAAAUCCUCCACCUGUUUCUGUUGGUUCUUCUCCAACUCUAAAGAAUUAUGUUAGAGUUGUGGAGGUUUGGUGGGAUGAGUACAAAGAUUACUUCUAUGCUAGCCGUCCUGAAUCGAAGGCAUUACCAUAUGGUGAUAUAUCGGAGCUGAAAAAAUUUCGAGAAGAUCACAACUGCAAAAGUUUCAAGUGGUUCAUGGAAGAAAUAGCUUACGACAUUCCCUCACACUACCCUUUGCCACCCAAAAAUAUUGACUGGGGAGAAAUCAGAGGCUUUGAAACGGCUUACUGCAUUGAUAGCAUGGGCAAAACAAAUGGAGGCUUUGUUGAACUGGGACCCUGCCACAGGAUGGGAGGGAAUCAGCUUUUCAGAAUCAAUGAAGCAAAUCAGCUCAUGCAGUAUGACCAGUGUUUGACAAAGGGGCCCGAUGGAUCAAAAAUUAUGAUUACACAUUGUAGUCUGAAUGGGUUUAAAGAAUGGCAGUACUUCAAGAAUCUGUACAGGUUUACCCACAUUCCUUCAGGAAAGUGUUUAGAUCGCUCAGAGGUCCUGCAUCAGGUGUUCAUCUCUAAUUGUGACUCCAGUAAAACAACUCAGAAGUGGGAAAUGAAUAACAUUCACAGCGUUUAAGAAUAGAAGAAACCAAUAACCUACCUACUGACAAGAUUUACACAGGACCGAAAAUCUCCUGAAACCUGCUGCACCUGUUAUUAACUCCACACAGCUCCACACGCGGAACCUCGAUAGGUCUGCAGGACAUUGAUAAACUGUGAUUUUUACAAUAACAUUAUCAUCCGCAGUUCCUGUUUACAAAACUGCUUUUACCUUAAACUUCGUAGAUGUUUACAUCUUUUUUGUUUUGUUUUUUGACGAUGUUGGUUAUUUGUGCCUUUAGCUCUGUUUUGUUAGGAUAGAGUUAAAAGCACAUUGUCUUCUUUGGGAUUACACUCAGGGGUCUGAAAGGCAGUUUGAUUUUUUUUUAAACACACUUGAAAAAAAGGUUGGGGUGACCAGACUUUCACAUAUGACUUGGUGAUUAUCAACCUGUUGUGUCUUUAUUUUGUCUUAACAUCUUUUUGAAGCACUGCCACAGGUUUUGAGCCAAGGUGGCCUUCCUUCACAGUCAUGCUGCUUUUUUGAAAGGUGAAUUUCAACACAUUUAGUGCCUCUUUCAUUUCUCAGUAUGUAUUUCAAGAGCUAUUGAUGAAAUUUAUAGGAUGGUAAUGCUGGAAUUGUCACUUGUAUGGGGAAUACUUUUACUGCUCAGAAAUGAAUUAAUUUAGUGCUGCCCUUUGCUAUAUGAAACUGAAUGUUAUUUAAAGAAGAAAUGAUACUAUGGAACAUCCCAAGGCUAUUCCAUAGGGUUUGAAGUUGUGGGGCAUUAGGCAUUCCCAGCAUCCUCUAGGGUUCCAUACCAACACCUAGGAUUGCAAAGGAGUCUUCCAACUAGAGAAAAAUUGUCCACUGACAUUUGGGAUUUACUUUUCAUCAGUACCUGUCACUAUAGAAAACUACAAAUAAUUUUCAAUUUUGACACUUUAAAAGGGGGAGUAACAUAAACAAGGAACACCACCAUAAACAUGUCAAAGUUUCAUUCUGACUGAAGAAUUUCCAAGCACUUGUUAGAUAAAGCCUUAUGAAAUUCCUGUGCAUUAUAACCUAAGCUGUGCAACGUAUAAGCCAAGAGUGAAAUGAUGUUUCAUUUUUAUCUUCAUCCAAGUGAAAUUCCCCGCAUGUUUUUAAACUUUAAAAAGAGGCUAUUUAAGAAUACAGUUCAUUAACAAAUGUGAAAUGCUUAAUGUUAGAUUGGGUGUUAGUUCCUUAGCAUUUUCUUCAUUUCUUUUCAAGAAACAUAUUUUUAUUAGUACUUUUCCGGUGAAAAGAUUUGGAUUUAAACAUUUAUCAAGACAGGAGAACCAUACCUACUAUAGGAAAACCAUAUACUGCAAAUGACCAAUUCAAUUUUAAUUUCUAUAUAAUUUAUUAUCAACUCAAAAACUAAAAUCCCUAAAUCGAGUGCUUAAUACAACAAUGUGAUGAGGUGGGGAAUGGCAAGUAAAUUAAGCAUUUUUGAUCCUGCAAUCAUGAUGUCAUUACAAUGAAAGGAAUUCACAAACGACUGCCAGAGAGAAAUCUAUUUUUUUUAAUGU